AUGACUGAGAAAUCACACCUCAGCCUAAGGUUUGCCCAAUUAGAAAAAGCAAAGCAAAUACCACAAAAUCCAGUCCCAAAAAUACAAAGGGUAUUACAUCAUCUCCGAGAUAGAAAGCAUUUUGCCAAGCAUUACUCCCCCAGGUUGGUGUCAAUUGGUCCAAUUCAUCAUGGUGCAGAGAACCUUAAGCUGGGAGAAAAGUACAAGCUUAUGUGGGCAGCAAUGUACCUUGGACGCACCAAACAAGAUGAACAAACUUUGUACCAAAAGGUUGCAACAAAUAUCAAGCAACUUAAGAAACUGUUUGCUGAGGAUGUGAUUGUUCACUACCCAGAUGAUGAAAUAUUGUCAUGGAUGCUAUUUGUGGAUGGAUGUUCUCUAUUGCAAAUAUUGGAAAAGGGAAAACUUAAUAAACCUGAAGAAAUGAAUGUCAAGGUUGACCAAUUGGUUCUUGUGUGGCAAGAUGUGCUCUUGUUAGAGAACCAGCUUCCAUAUCAAGUGCUUAAACUGUUGUCAGGUCAUGACAAUGGUGCAAUGCUGAUAGACAGCAUGAAUGAGUUUCUUAAAUGUCAUCAUUUGUGGCCAGGAGAAAACAGAAGCAAAGAAGGCACUCAGCAAGGAGAACAUAGAGUGGAAAUCUCCCAAGAAUCAUCAACACCUAUUCAUCUUCUUGAUCAGCUUCGUAGAACUAUCCUUAUUGACCCUUACAACAGCCUCCAAGAUCAAAAAGACAAGGACAAAAUGAACAAUAAAAGCCAAAAGAACACAAAUGAAAACUUCAAAAUGACAACACACAGGAACAUACAGGAGCUGAAAGCCACCGGUAUAAGACUCAAGAUAAGCCACUCACGUAGACUCAAAGACAUCUAUUUCUCUAGUGGCUACUUGGUUGCGGAACUUAAGCUUCCUGAGAUCAUAGUUGAUGAUUCAACAGCACCCACGUUUCUCAACUUGAUAGCAUAUGAAAUGUGUCCAGAUUUCGAGAAUAACUAUGAAGUUUGUUCCUUUGUGGCAUUCAUGGACUCACUUAUUGAUCACCCUGAUGAUGUGAAGGAGCUAAGAUCAUCUGGGGUGUUGCAUAAUUCACUUGGGAGUGAUGAAGAAGUGGCGACGCUAUUCAACACCAUUAGUGCUGAUUUGGUGCCUGACACUGAGAGGUAUGAACGUGUUAGGUCUGACAUUGAGAAGCAUUAUAGGACCAAAUGGAAGACUUGGAUAGCUCUUGGUUAUCACACAUAUUUUAGUAACCCUUGGGCUAUUAUUGCUUUCCAUGCUGCUGUUGUUGCUCUUGUUCUCACUUUCAUCCAAACUUGGUUUGCUAUUAACCCCUCUGACUAA